AUGGAGCAACCAACUGAUGAAUUUAUAGAAUUAGUAGUCACUCUUGCAAAAGAAGAUAAUGAUAAAGAUAAUAACAAUAACAAGUAUAAAUCAGUAUCAAAACAACAAUACAAAAAGUAUACUAUAGAUAAACCUGAACAAGUAGUAUCAUGGUUACUCUUUUUAAUUGUAAAGGGUACUUUUAGAACUAUUAAAUAUAAAGCAAUACAGUUACUUGAUAGAUUAUUAGUUAAAAAAGGUGAAGAGUUUGCAGAUGCAUUGUCAGAUGAGAUAGCAGAAGAUGCUGUCAUUGGUACUGAAGAGAUUCUCGAGGAUGAUAGUCUUACAGAUACUUGUAGAGAUCAUAUAUUUGGUAUUAGAGAAUCACUUUCAAUUUAUGAGAAAAAAGUAGAUGAAGAAGAAGAUAAUAAUAAUAAUAAUGAAGAAGAUGAUAAUGAACAGGAUGACUAUUAUGAACAGGAAGAAGAAGAAGAAGAAGUUGUAUAUGAUGGAAAAGAAAAGAUAAUAUUCACCAAGUUGUUAUUGACACUCUCAAAGUCUGAUGGAUAUUCUAUUCCAUAUCGUAACUCUAUCGAGAGAAGGGUAUCUCAUCUGAUAGGAAUGUCAAUGGAUUAUCCAUCUUGGCUGACACCUGUCGUUCUACAAGGUAUUGACACCUUGAUAAAUGUGUUGGACAGACAUAGCGAAAAAGACUUUAAUGCCAAAAGUAUGGUAUUUGAAUGUCUGUUUCUAUGGGUCAAGAAAUUUCAAAUCAUGUAUACAGAUAGUCAUGUAGAGAGAAUCUUUUAUCAUUUGUACCGGUGGUUGACUCAAGUAAAUGAGGAUGUAUCGUUGGAAGAGUGGACAAAGAGCAAUAAGAAAUUUGACAAGAGCGGUGCAUAUUUCAGAAAUAUUUAUGUUGAAGAGAGAGACUAUGACAAUCUACCAACAGAAGAGGAGCAAUCUAUGGACAAACCUGACGAUAAUGAUGUAAAAGUGACAGGUUAUACUGCUCAAGCUGCAUUUAAACUAUUCUCAAAAGCGUUUGGACAACAUUCUGAAAGACUCAUUCUAGGUAUCUUGCUAAACACUUCAUCAUGGCAAGAUAAAUAUGCAGUUAUGUUGAGUCUAACCAAUUCUUGUACACACAUUUCCAAAACUGUUAGACAACAAUUUAUUUUUAUUUUAAGGUCAGUACUAAAUUGUUUUAAUGAUGAAAAUGUGAGAGUUAGAUGGGCAUCAUUACAAUGUUUAGUUGAAUUAGUUAGUUCAAUUCAAUUAUCUGUUGACUAUGAUGACUUAAUGGUUCAAUUUGAAGGAUUAUCUAUUCCACCAAGAGAUGAAAUAUUCAAAGUAAUAGACAAAUCAAUUCAAGAUCCAAAUGAAUCUAUUCAAAGUAGUUGUUGUGUAUUAAUUAAAACAAUGAUGGAUGCAUUAACCAAUCACAUGAAUGAUGACAAUGUUUUGGAUAGAAUAAUUAAUUGGAUUCAAAAACUACUUGUUGGAUUAUCAAAAAUAUAUUUAGUUGAAAUUGUAUUACAUUCAUUAAUAUCACUUGUAGGAUCAAUCAAAUUAAAAUUUAAACCUUAUUAUAAAAGAUUUGUACCAAUAUUAUUUGGAUUAUUGGAAAAACAUAAUGGAACAAGAGAAUCUAGAUUAUUACGUAGUCGAGUAAUCAAGGCAUUUGGAAAGAAGACAUUUGAUUUGAAUUUAGAUGUACUUGGUGUAUCAAAGGAUUUGAUACUAAAUGCUGAUAAACCAUUUAAUAUUUUUUUACCAAUGAUCAUUAGGAUGAUUGUAAAGGUUCUAAAGGCACCAAUACCCAGACGACCCGAAGAUAUUACUCAAACUUUUGUGGACAACUAUUAUAGAAUACUAGCAGGACUAAAGAUAUUGUCUGGUUUUUUGUUGGAGGAUGACCAUAACAGACUUUAUGCACCAUUGGCGCCACUUGUGCAAAGCAUUGUCGACCCACUUUGCAACUUGGUUACACAUCCAUUCAACACCAAUUUGCGUUCUCAAUCACUACCCUGUGUCACUCCAUGCCUGGCACUGACCAUGCAUCAUUUCGGUAACCGCAGUGAAAAAACACUCGAGGUAUUUGGCAAGAUACUCGAUGCAGUUGUGUUUCAUCCCGAAUCAGAUAUUCAUAUCACUCUAUUGCGUGUAUCUACGGGAUCGUUCCUCAUCUCAGCCAUAGGAGAUGACGCAAUGACCAGCACACAAGUGCAAUCUGUAAUAGACACAUUUAAAAGAGUGGAGCAAUCGAUAUUGGUUGAUCAUAUUGGUGACCAACCAGAUUUUAAUAUGAUCAAUCAUGAAGCCUACGUGUUGCUCAACCUUUAUGGUUUGAUUGAAGAAAUGGUCAAGUUUAAUGGUCCAGUGGCAGUACCACUCAUCACCUCUGAACUCUUGGAGGGGUUCUGUCAAAAACUCGAAGGUGGCGGUGAAUUAAUGAUCAAGGCUGCCAUACUCAGCUUUUUCUCCAGUUUUUGUACAUAUGGAGGUGAUGUUGCUAUCAAUGCAUUCCCACAUAUCGUACCACUCAUGAUAGAGUGUUUAAAACUAUCAGAUGCCAAAGCAAGACAGGGUGCUUCUAUUGCACUAGGAGCAGCAGCACAAGCUGCCAAGGAAAGGUUCUCACCUUGGGUAACUCAAACAUUCCAUGUCUUGGACACUAUGAUCUCUUCUCCUCCUGCAUUCUCUCUGGAAAACAUAGCUGCAACGGAUUAUGCUCUUUCUAGUAUCUGUAAAAUCAUCAGAUAUGUACCACAGAUCAACAAUGCCAAUGUCAUCAUUCCAAAAUGGUUAGAUCAUCUUUUAGCAUCUUCCAAGAGAGGGCGAAUCAUUUUAAAUGAUACCCUUUGUACUAUUAUACGUCUCUACCCCAAAGAAUGUCUCGGUCAACAGUACCAACAUGUUGCCAAAUCAUCGAUCACUACAUUAAUAAUUGCCAACAAUAUGCUAAAAAACAACAAAAACAACAACUCAUCCAAACAUGGUAUGGAGCAACCAGAAGAUGAUGAAUUUAUAGAGAUCGUUGUAGUUUUAGCAAAAGUAGAACAACAAAAGAGACUGAAUGGUGAUCAUAGUAUUGAUAUAGACUUUAAAUUAAAAUCAAACACAAAACAACAAUUUAAAGACUAUGCCAUCGAUUGUCCUUCUAAAGUAGUAUCUUGGUUACUCUAUUUCAUUGUAAAGGGUGAUUAUCCAUCUAUUAAAGAGAAAUCAGCACAGUUACUAGAUAAAUUAUUAGAAAAAGAAGGAGAAGAGUAUUUAAAAGAGAUAUCACAACCUGUAUUGGAUGCAGCAGUAUUUGAAGUACAAAAGAUACUCGAUGAUAAAAGUCAUCGUCUUCAAGAUGGUGACUUUAAAUCUAGUUUAAUUGGUAUUGAACAAUCAAUUUUAAACUUUCAAGCAGAUCAAGCUAAUAUAGAAGAUGAUGAUCAAGACGAUGAUUAUGAAUCAUCAUAUGAUGAUGAUGAAUCAGCAAAAGAAGGAGAAGAAGUCAUCUUUAUGCGAGUUUCAGGAACACGUAUCUAUUACAUUGUAUCACAAAUAAUGGCUGCUUACUCGCAAAAACCAUCUUUGACAAAAGAAAUCAAACAAAAGAUAAUCGAUACAUUUGUUGGAGUGUUGGACAAGCAUCGCGAUAAUGGAUUCGCAGACAGAAAUAUCAAAGAAAGAUUUAUUGACAGUUUCAUGGUCAUGGGAAAGUUGCAAUCAGCAGAUUUUACAGACAAUCAUAUUGAGAGUAUUAUCUCUCAUUUGUACAUUUGGCUUGCUGAAGAGGUAAAGGAUGUAUCAUUGGAAGAGUGGACAGAGAGUGACAUGACGACGGAAGAUAAACGUUAUAAAAAAUUUCAAUGCUUUACACAAUUAUUUAGUAUGCGUGGUGCAUUGGAAAAGCACAUUUUCAAUCAAUUCAACAUCUUUUCAAACUCUCAAUCAUGGAAAGAUAGAUAUACAUCAAUUACGACUUUAUCACAUUCUUUUCAAUUAAUUCCUCAUCAAAUAAACCAUACCAAUAACAACAACAACAACCAACAAUUUGAUUAUAUUUUAAAGUCAGCAUUAAAAUUAGUUAAUGAUGAUGAAGAUAUUAGAGUUAGAUGGGCAUCGUUACAAUGUUUAAUUCAAUUGACUAUUGAAUAUAUACAUAGAAAGUUGAUGGUUAAAUCAAGACAAGAAAUAUUUCAAGCGAUGGUCAAAUCAAUUCGUCGUGACACAAAUGAACUUAUUCAAGGUUGUUGUUGCCAUUUGAUUGAAAAAAUGAUGGAAACAAUUACCAACAGUAACAUUGUACUUGAAAGUCCCAUUUUGGAUACAUUAUGUGAUUCAUUUGAAAUAUUACUUCAAUCACCAAAUUUAGAAAUCGUUGAAAGUUCAUUGGUAUCAUUAUUAUCAGUCUUUGACAAAGUUCAAGAGAAAUUUAUGCCUUACUCGCAAAGAUUUAUACCAAUACUAUUUAGAUUUUUGGAAAAACAUCAUACAACAAAAGAAUCAAGAGCAUUAUGUAGUCGUGUAAUCAAGGCAUUUUCAACGUGUAGCAAAGUGACGGUAGACAAAAAGAUGUAUUCAAAAUAUUUAUACAAGUUUAUGGUGUUGGUCGGACGUAAUCAAAGGUCGUUUGAUUUGGUCGAAGUUUUAAGAGCUGCAAGUUUAUUGCUUGUGAAACAAAUUUGUGAUUCAUUUCCAAAUGAAAUCUAUUUACCAAUGAUUGCCAAGAUGAUUGUUAACGUACUCGAGACACCAACAGGAGACGAAAUGAAUGGAUCAUCAUCAGACCAAGAUUCCAGUAGAAUAAAAUCUACACUCGAGAUUUUGAAAAGUAUUAUGGUGUCACUGAUCCAUGGACCAUAUGUACCGAUAGCUCCAUUUGUUCACAGCUUUAUCAAUCCAUUACGCAAAUUGGCAAAUAAUAAUACAUUCUUUGCAACUGAAUCUCUUGGUUGUUUGCCUGCAUGUAUUAAACUUGCCAAUCUUUAUUUUGGUGAACGUAGCAAAGAGACACUCGAAAUAUUUGACAAGAUAUACGGAUCGAUAUUGUGUCAUCCCGAUUCUGACAUCAAGGUUGCAAUGGCACGAAUCGAGAUGUCUGCCAACCUCAUCAAAUCGAUGGGACGUGACACAAUGACGAUUGAUCAAGUACACUCAACACUUGACACAUUUAAAAGGAUGGAGAAAUGGAUAGAUGAUAUCGCAUCUGGUGACCAAUUCCCAGAGAAUCAGAUGGGUAAUGUUGCCUAUGCUGCGAUCCACAUUUACGAGCUUAUGGGGGAAUUGGUCGCAAGAAAUUCAACCAUUGCGUCACCUCUAAUUAUCAAAUUGUUUGGACAUGAUUUGCAAGAAUAUUGA